UCCGGGGCCGGGCGGCGGCGGCGGCAUGGCGGAGAGCGAGGCCGAGACCCCCAGCACCCCGGGCGAGUUCGAGAGCAAGUACUUCGAGUUCCACGGCGUGCGGCUGCCGCCCUUCUGCCGCGGGAAGAUGGAGGAGAUCGCCAACUUCCCGGUGCGGCCCAGCGACGUGUGGAUCGUCACCUACCCCAAGUCCGGCACGAGCUUGCUGCAGGAGGUGGUCUACCUGGUGAGCCAGGGGGCUGACCCGGACGAGAUCGGCUUGAUGAACAUUGACGAGCAGCUCCCCGUCCUGGAGUACCCGCAGCCGGGCCUGGACAUCAUCAAGGAGCUGACGUCUCCCCGCCUCAUCAAAAGUCACCUCCCGUACCGCUUCCUGCCCUCCGACCUCCACAACGGUGAUUCUAAGGUCAUAUACAUGGCUCGGAACCCCAAGGACCUGGUGGUGUCCUACUACCAGUUCCACCGCUCGCUGCGCACCAUGAGCUACCGGGGCACCUUCCAGGAGUUCUGCCGAAGGUUCAUGAACGACAAGUUAGGCUACGGCUCCUGGUUUGAGCACGUGCAGGAGUUCUGGGAGCACCGCAUGGACUCGAACGUGCUUUUCCUCAAGUAUGAAGACAUGCACCGGGACCUGGUGACGAUGGUGGAGCAGCUGGCCAGAUUCCUGGGGGUGUCCUGUGACAAGGCGCAGCUGGAGGCCCUGAGCGAGCACUGCCACCAGCUGGUGGACCAGUGCUGCAACGCCGAGGCCCUGCCUGUGGGCCGGGGAAGAGUCGGGCUGUGGAAGGACAUCUUCACCGUCUCCAUGAACGAGAAGUUUGACUUGGUGUAUAAACAGAAGAUGGGGAAGUGUGACCUCACGUUUGACUUUUAUUUAUAAUAACAGCGACAGCAAACCUGCAUGCUCACCGUACCCAGACACUCUACUAGCUAAAAGUCCCGUAUGCACUCAUUUGUUCCUUGCUGGACGAAGUCCGGAAGCAGCACGAGGCCCAGGGGAGGGAGGGAGGCGGUGGAGACACCGGAGGAAGAGGGGGUCCUGCCUCCCAUCCGGAGCAGCGGCCUCGCCUCUGGGAUUUGAAGUCUCUCCGCGUCCGAUGACAGAUGCCACAAAGACGGUGGUCCCGGUGGCCUGUAUCAUACGUAUAAAGUCUGUAACAUAUGCAGCUAGAACGUCUACCUUUUACAGCCCCACAUUAUUUAUUGUAUUUUAUAGAGCUUUUCACUGGGAAAUCUAAAUAAAUGUCAGUAGACCAAAUAGAAGUUCAUUUCCGAGGGGACUCAGGAGCGAGCCACACCCGAAUGGUAGAGAGAUCUCAGGGUCGACUCUUUAUUUUUGUAGUUCUGUUCUGUACGGCACAGCCGCUCUGCUCUCACCUUGUUCAGAGGUGAGGACGCAGGAUGAGGUCGGGGGGGGGGGCUUGUUCCUUUUGAGGAGUUCAGUUCUCUGUAACCUUCCUGAACAAAGCAGAGACCAUCCGCUAGGCAUCCGCAGGGGGGAUGCCCGCUCCACCAGAGACUCCCAGCGGGCAGCCUCAGACACCCAGGACGGCGGCCUCAGCAGAUCAUCCCUUGAGGGGCCGUGCCGGUGAGGCCAGCAGACGGGCUCUUGCUCGUGCGCGGAAUCUGAGUUUUCCUUCCACGGGCUCUUGCUCUCUGGGGCCAAGACCUCUUUAUUGCUGGCGAGCAGGUGCUCCGUAGUAAAUGCCUCAGACUUGAUCAUCAGUCAGUCGGUUUGCUCCGUGCGCACCCGGUUUGCAGGUCUAACGCCCUGAUUCACUCAGACUGCUUGGAGGUGUCGCCCCUGUGCCCCAGUAUACCUGCGGGAGCACAGGUGAUGUUCUCACCACCCCGCCCGUCACUCUGUUGUCUGACCCACACGUGGCGGGGGAAACAGUGAGAGAGAGCGGCCGGGUAGUGGCGGGACUGGGGUUGUCUUGGAGGUUGAUGUGGCUGGCAAGCGCCCCCGGCCGUGGCUGGAGGGUCGCCACCGUGAAGGGUCCCCGGCUGUGCUGCCACCCCAGAAAAGGUGCAGACACGUGCCGGCGUCGUGCACGCAGAGGAGCAGCUCGAAGCGGGCAGGGGGCGUGUGGCGUCGCAUGGUGGGCUUGGACUUUUCUGUGUAUCCGUGAGGGAGGCUGCUUUCUGUGAAAUUUCUUUUCUAUUUUUCUAUUUUUAGUACCGUAUGGAUGUUACUGAGCGCCACACGUGAUCUGUCUGUGCCUGCUUGCAUCUUUAAUAAAGACACAUCCCAA